ACACACGCACUGGGACCUGGCAGGCGCUUUACCUGCAGCUGCAGCUCAGGAAGGGCGUGUUCACCGCCCUCAGGACCGCGGCUGGGAAAAGAUGCUCGGCAAAGACGCAGUAGCCGCGGCAGAGUUUUUCAUCCCUCCUCGGGGCUGUCUGCCCAGCCGCCCCUCCCGCUUCUCCUCCUCUUCGCUCCUGCACGAGAAGCGAUCUAGGGUGUCAGGAGAUGAGAUGACUCAUCUGCUAUCAGAUUGAGUCCUUUGGGUUUGCCCUUUUGGUUGGCUUCAGCCUCCGAUAUUGGGAACGACCGUGUUAUAUUUGUGAAGGUUUUCAUUUCGUGGAAAAGACACUUGGACUGCAGUGGACUCUGGUGAUUUAAAGUCCAGUGUGAGUGGCUGGCUGAGAGCUCUUUGUUUUCCAUAAUCCUUUGACUGGGACAAGAAAUCAGAGUGUGUUCAUCAUGCUGCCCCGCGGGGGUCCGGGAGCCCUUCGCUUUGCGCUGUGUGUCUGGUGGUGUCUAUUUGCACUGUGCUUUAAAGGCUGUGCAGGCUGCGCAUCGGAGGAGAGGCUCUUUCACAAGCUGUUCGCUCAUUAUAACCAGUUCAUCAGGCCCGUGGAGAACGUUUCCGACCCGAUCACCGUGUAUUUCGAAGUGGCCAUCACACAGCUGGCUGAUGUGGAUGAAGUAAACCAGAUCAUGGAAACCAACCUGUGGCUACGUCACAUCUGGAAUGAUUAUAAACUGCGUUGGGACCCCAUGGAAUAUGACGGCAUUGAGACUCUCCGUGUUCCUGCCGAGAUGAUCUGGAAGCCCGACAUCGUUCUCUACAACAAUGCGGUCGGCGACUUCCAAGUCAAAGGCAAGACAAAAGCUCUUCUUAAAUACGAUGGCAUGAUAACCUGGACUCCACCAGCGAUUUUUAAGAGUUCCUGUCCAAUGGACAUCACUUUUUUCCCUUUUGACCAUCAAAAUUGUUCCCUGAAAUUUGGUUCCUGGACUUACGACAAAGCUGAAAUUGACCUUCUAAUCAUUGGCUCUAAAGUGGACAUGAAUGAGUUUUGGGAGAACAGUGAGUGGGAAAUUGUCGACGCUUCUGGCUACAAGCAUGACAUAAAGUACAACUGUUGUGAAGAGAUAUACACAGACAUCACCUACUCUUUCUACCUUAGGAGGCUCCCGAUGUUUUACACCAUUAAUCUGAUCAUCCCCUGCCUCUUUAUCUCAUUCCUCACUGUGUUGGUCUUCUACCUCCCUUCUGACUGUGGUGAAAAGGUGACGCUUUGCAUUUCAGUGCUGCUUUCUCUGACUGUGUUUUUGCUGGUGAUCACAGAAACCAUCCCGUCCACGUCUCUCGUGAUCCCCCUGGUGGGCGAAUACCUGCUAUUUACCAUGAUCUUCGUCACCCUGUCCAUCGUGGUGACGGUGUUUGUGCUGAACAUCCACUAUCGCACCCCGACCACUCACAGCAUGCCCACGUGGGUGAAGGCAGUCUUCCUCCGGCUGUUACCCCAGAUGCUGAUGAUGAAGAGGCCUCUGGACAAGAUGAAGGAGACAGGAGCUCAUAGAAACCCCAAAGGAGUCUCCAGUAGGCCUGCCAAAGUCAAGUUUGAGCAUCACAAAGAGCCCAGACUUCUUCAAGAAUGCUGCCACUGUCAUAGAUCCGGUGAGCCUGCCACCAGCAAGAGACGAUUAAGUCAUCAGCCUUUACAGUGGAUGGCUGAAAAUUCGGAGCUCUCGCCUGAAGUCGAAGACGUAAUCGAUAGUGUUCAUUUCAUAGCGGAAAACAUGAAGACCCAAAAUGAAACAAAGGAGGUAGAGGACGACUGGAAAUACGUGGCCAUGGUGGUGGACAGGGUGUUCCUGUGGGUGUUUAUAAUCGUCUGUGUGUUUGGAACUGCAGGGCUGUUUCUCCAGCCGCUCCUGGGGAACACAGGGCAUUCGUUUGGCUUCCGGGGACAUGAUCGACCCACAGUCCAGUGAGACAUGGAAUCAAAGCUGAGCCACGCUAAGAGGUGUUCUUCUGCUUCUCCGGUUUAUAUACUUCUCCGUAUAACGGACACCUGCCAGACAUGCAACCCUG